UGGGGCGUGCAUCCUGUCUACAGGAAGUUGGAUGACUUGACCGGAAAGUUAAACCUCCUUACUGUGUUUGUUUUAUUCUUCAGCAUUAGAAGUUGUGUACAGUUGUAAACAUUCUAAUCAUUCUGUAAGCCAGGUUCUCAGAUUGCCAUGGUGAACAGUUCCAGCAACGCAACAUGAUGACCUCUGUGACCUCUGAUGAAGUUAACUCCACAGAAGACCUGGAGUCAUUUGAAUUUGUGCCUCACCCCGGACCCUCGAACUACCCACACUCAUCAGAGCUCACAAACUCCUCAGAGGCAGUGAAGGACAAACCCAGGCUGAAGAGCAGACUUGUGUCAGCAUGGAACAGUGUGAAGUACGGAGGCUGGACUCUGAAAACUAAACCUCGUCUGAGUAAAAACUCUUCUGUGUGUAUGCUGGGUCACACAUACCACCUUGGUCAUGAAGAUGAGAGGCAGCUGUUCCGGUGUGUGUUCUCGUCUCUGUUCUGGAUGACCUACAGGAGAGGCUUCUCCUCAUUGCACGGAUCAUCUCUGACCUCAGACAGUGGAUGGGGCUGCACGUUACGCUCUGCCCAGAUGCUGCUUGCACAAGCACUAGUGCUACACACGAUGCCUUCAGACUGGAUAUGGCCUGGAACUCAGCAAAAGACCAGAGACGACUUGGAGCUCAGAACCUCUCGACCCCUUGUGCUGGGUUUGGGACGGAGCCAGAAGGGGGGUCAGAGGAGGCGGAGUGAGGGUGCCAUACUGGAUGAGGUUGAGCAUGGGCAGGAGAUUGGACACCGUCGUCUGGUUGCGUGGUUUGGGGACACGCCGUCCGCUCCGUUUGGCCUGCAUCGGCUCGUUGAGUUGGGGCAGUCUUCAGGGCAACGAGCGGGUGACUGGUACGGGCCCUCUGUUGCCGCUCACAUGCUGCGGAAGGCAGUAGAGUCAUCUGAAGUCAGUGACCUGGCUGUGUAUGUCGCUCAAGACUGCACUGUGUAUGUGACCGAUGUGAUGAGGGUAUGCAAGAAACAUCAGGACGAGCUUAUGGUGAGAUUUCGCUCCGUGAUUAUCCUGGUGCCUGUGAGACUGGGCGGAGAUACGCUUAACCCUGCGUAUAUCCCAUAUGUGAAGAGGCUGCUUCAGCUGAAGUGCUGUGUGGGAAUAAUCGGAGGAAAGCCGAAGCACUCACUGUACUUUGUUGGGUUUCAGGCAGAUGAUCAGCUGCUGUAUUUGGAUCCUCAUUUCUGUCAGGCUGCUGUAGAUGUCUCUCAGCCCAACUUCCCCUUAGAGUCGUUUCACUGUAAGACGGCGAGGAAGCUGCCGUUUCACCGCAUGGACCCAAGCUGCACUCUGGGAUUUUAUGCUAAGAGCAAGAGGGAUUUCGACACGCUCCGCUCCGAAGUCACCACGACUCUGACCUCAUCCACAGACACGUAUCCCAUCUUCACCUUCGUGGAGGGCAGUGGGCAGGACCAGCAUGAACAGCUGGAGUUGACCUUUGACCCAGGAGUACCUGUCCUCCCCAGAGACCAAGGAAGACGAAGGAGUAAGCGGAGCAGCAUGGACGAAUUUGUGCUGUUGUAAAGCUUGCUCAGUCACAAUUUGUUAAUGAAAUUAGAAUAUUUAUUUAAGCACAUUUCUGAUCAGAUUUCUACGCGUCAGGCACUUGCUCAGGGUUUAGAAACAGGGUUUUGUAGAUCCUAAAGGUGACUUGCAGUCAUUAACCAGAAACCAUAAGCUUUUAUCUAUAGCGACUGUAAGCUUCAAAGUAACAGCUAUAAAAACCUUCUACUUGCACCAGCUAGAAACUAUAAGCUCUCAACUAGCGACUGUAAACCUUUAGAUUUGAAUAUAAGCCUUAAACCAGCAGCUCCAAGCAUUCACCUAGCAACUGUACACCUUCAGAUAGAGACUAAUGGCUUAUAGGUAAGUUUUUUUCAUAUUGAACUAGCGAUUCCUGACCUACAGAUAGAGACUAUAAGCCUUUAACUAGCGAAUGCAGACCUUCACAUAGAGACUUCAACUAGUGACGGUAAUUCUUCAGUAGAUUAUAAGCCUUAAUCUAGUGACUGUAAGAUUUCAAUUAGUGACUGUAGACCUUUAACUAGCGGCAGCAACCUUCACAUAUGGACUAUGGGCCUUCAACUAGCAACAGCAAACUUUCAGAUAGAGACUAUAAGCCUCCAGCUAUCGACCGUAAGCUUUUAAAUAGUCAUUGUAUGCCUUCACCUAUCGGCUGUAAGCUUCAAGUACUUCCCGGGUUAGCCUCAUAGCUUCAGUGUAAAAGUAAGUUAUAAGUAAGGAAAACUACUGACUUGAUUGACUCGACCGACUAAAUCUACUUUAAGUGAAACGUACUGUUUAAUUAAACACACUACAACAAUAUAGACAUAUAAAGCAAGUGCUUUGUUUUCUGCAACACUGAUUAAAAGCUCUAAAUACUAAACUGUACAUAUUUACACUUUUAUCCUCAGUUUCAUUAGAAACAGUUUUUUAGUGUGCUCUGAAUCCGGUUUGUGGUAAUUGGACAAUAAUUCCGAUCAUCUCAAUAAACAUGUGAUGAGAUUAAAAGUUUACGGCCACAGCCAUCCAUGGAGCAAAAUUGACAGUGUCUGGGCCAAUGUUUCUCUGUUCCCUGGUAGGGGAACCAUGGGGCAGGAAUAUGUGGGUGGAGACUAAUACAAAUGUAUCAUAAGGCUCAUACAGUACAUAUUUAACAUAAGUGUAGUCAUAAGUGAACUGUAUUUUUAAAAGUUAAAGUGUAUUGUUCUUUGUGUGUAUACAUGUGUAUGUGUGUGUUUAUAUGUGUGUCUCUGAUUCUUUUUUUUGGGGGGGGGGUUGGGGGGAUUCAUGUUAGUUUGUGUCCUCGUCUCCCAUUUAUGUUUUUGUUAAAGUCAAGGUUGUAUUUCUGUCGCUGCAAUUUUUAUUUAUAUUUAGAAAACAUUAUGAAAUACUUUUUCAAACAAAAAAAGGAACAUAUUUUUUUCAAAUAUGACCUUAUCCUUGAAGUUGUAUGCAACGGGUUUGGUGAUGAACAAAAGUGAAAGUUGUGUGCUGAAUGCGAGAAGUUAAGGAGGGAUAAAGUUUGUGUGUGUGUAUGUUUGUGUGUAACUUGAUCGGUAUAUCCAUCACUCGUGACGCUGGAAGCUUUUUCUUACUCGACUGAAACCAGGGCAUCGUUAAGCAUCUGAGACCGAUCUGCUGUCCUGUCAUGUAAUUACAUGACAAAAUGUAUAGCUGUGUUCACCAAACCUGUCCACCCUGCUGCAGUAUUCAGCAAAAAACAAAAAAAAAAGAAAAAAACGUUUGCACUGAUAAUCUAUAACGUAACCACCCACUUAAUUUUGAGUGCACUGUGUGUUAUACUUUUCUAUCAAACCCAGCUUUACCCUUUGCAGCAAUUUGAGCUCUAGUAGCUUUUCUAAUGGAUCGGGCUAUACAGGCUAGCCUUUACUACCUAUGUGCAUCAGUAAGCCUUGCCCCUGUUACUGGUUUUCCUUCCUUGAAUCCCUAUUGGUACUGUAGGUCCUGACCACUGCAGACCGGGACUAUCCCACAAAGGCUGCCGGUUUGGAGUUGUGUAGCAGUUUGGCCCAUCUCACAGUGUGUACAGUUACAAUAUCUGGUUGCAGUGGUGGCUGUAAGUAAGUGGGAUAUUUUCGGCAGCAGGUGAAACUUUUUUUUCCUGAAGUAGAUGUGUUGUGGGCAGAAAACAUAAGCAAGCAUAAGGAUUAGAGUGACUUUAACAAUGGACAAAAUGUGAUGGCUAGAUAACUUGGUCAGAGCAACGCCAAAACUGCAACUCUUAUGGGAUGUUUCAGGUCAGGACCUAACAAAAUGAUUAGAAGGAUGGAAAACCAGUGAACCAGUGACAGGGUCAUGGGGAGCGAAGACAGGCCCAUAAUGACUAAUCCAAUAGAAGAGCUACUGCAACUCAAUUUCUGGAAUGGUUAAUGUUGGUUCCAAUAGAAGGGAGUCAGAACCGUGCAUUACAGUUGUGGUGGCAAAAAAUUGAUCCUACUCAAUAUUAGGCAGGUGGCCGUAGAGUUAUGGCUAAUCGAUGUAUGUUUGGUCGAAAUGUGUCUCUGUCUUUUUGUCUUUAGUAUAACCAUGCAGUGAUGCUUUAUAUGCUUUCUGAAUAGAAAAUCAUUAUUUUGCCAUUCAUAAUGCUCCUGAGUGCUAUGAUUCUGCGUAUUAUAAAAUAAUAAUGUUCUUUCUAAACCUGCACAUCUGUCCAUUAUGCAUCCAUUCAAAGUUGUGGAAUGUCUACAAAACAGGUUAAUUCCUAUUUUCAUGUAGAUUAUUGCAGCUAUAAACAGCCUAUAGCUAUAGUUAUAGCCUAAAGCUAUAGCUAUAAACUGUUUUUACUUGUCAGUUUUUAUAUGUGUGACUGAUAACAAUGAGAAAGUAUUUAGAAAACCUCUGGCCAUACCCUUUGCAUUUUUGAUAACACAUGAUAUGAUUGCAGUUGUAUUUUUUAAGCCUUCCAGAGAAUAAAACAACUAAGGAGGAAUGAAAAUGUGUGAGGUGAAGAUUACCACUGUAAACUAUUUUAUUUCCAUCUUUGACAGAUUAAAUCUGCUACA